UUAACCCCGGAAGUAAUAAGUGCCACUGUUCGCAAGAAGGGUGAAGGAAACAAUAUUGCGAGGAGGAGAAGAGGAAAACGAAAUCAGCUGUUUCGGAAUUUUAUAAACAAAUUGUAUUCUACACAAACACAAACAAUGUUAUAGUGAGAAGCAGCACGUGUCCGAAUGAAUACGUGUAAAUGCCUUUUCUGUUGGAGCAGACGAAUAAUUGUAAGCGUACUGGAAAACUAUGCAAUUCAUCAAGACUAUUAAUACCACCAUCCAUAUAUGUAAAAAUACUUGUACAAAAUCCAAAAGACUAAGGCAGAUGAUUAAAUAAAUGGAAAAAUCCCUAACUAAAAAGGAGCGACAAGAACGUGGCCAUUUGAAGAAGAAUGGACAACGAAGUAAAGCCACCGAAUCCGAGCCCCCCUUUUAGAUUUCGAAGACCGUGGGAAACUCCUCCUCGUGAAGAUGAAGAACAACCCACGUCUAACCCAACUGCUCAUGCUGUGCCAAUUACUGUAAUUAAACGUGAAGAUUACUCUUCCCAGUCUCCAAUAGACAGAACCAAGGAUGUACUACUACAACAAAUAAAAGUAGAAAAGGAGGAAAGCUCAGACGAGGUUGAAGUUUUCAGCUUUGAUAGGGAGAGGUUGGUGUUAACAUCAGAAAAAGUACGAGUAAAGAGAGAAUCAACAUCAACCGAAAUCACAAAUUCGCCAUUAACAUCUUCAUCCAUUGAUGUGGAGGGGUCCGCAAGUUCAAAACAGUCUUCCGGAAAUUCCAAUUCAUCUUCCUCGCGAUUCAUGUGUAGCAGUGAGUCCUCAUCUGGGUCAUCUUCUUCAGAUUCAGAUGACCGGAAUCGCCGACGAAAAAAUAAGCUGAAAACUAGACUACGUCUAACCCGAAAUAAAGCUAGACAACAACAAAAAGAAAAUGACGAUAAAUGCCACAAAAACGAUGCCAGGAUUGUUCCUCCGCCCAAGAGUAUUAAAGUAAAGGUGGAGAUUGACCCACAAGAGGCCUUUGACGAUGAUGAAAUUGAAAAUGACGAGUUGCUUGAUGUCAAUGACAGCAACAACAGCAAUAGUGAGUUGGGUGAUGAUGAUGAUGAGGAGGAUGAUGAUGAUGAAUUUGACGGGGAUGAACGUGCGGUGAAAUUGAGAUUACCGGAUUUUCCAGAUGGACGAAACCGUGAAAGAAAAAACAGCAGAUGGGCAGAUUACGGAGUUACGCGAAAGUCGAGCCGCUUGAGAUCUACAAAAGCCUUUUGCAAUAAAUCCCAUAAAGCUCAAGUCUUGAAGAAAUUGACAUCCUUGCUGAAAAAAGACCCAGACGAACUAACUGAGGAGGAUAGGGUUAAUUUGGCAGCAUUUCCAGAACUGGCCGAAGAGGCCAAGAAACGACUUAAUAAACGCCACUUGGCAUCUGAGCGGAUGAAAGAGGAAGAGGAUCCUAGUGAUCAAUUAGAUAAAAAAUGUGACCGCCUUGCCCAAGUGAUAUCACGGGCCAAGUAUGUUGUUCUCUACACCGGAGCUGGCAUAUCUACUUCCGCGUCUAUCCCAGAUUAUCGCGGUCCAAACGGAAUUUGGACUCUGCUAAGAAAAGGCCAGACCAUUGCAGAUGACUUGAAGCAAUUUCCGCAAUCUGCUGAUCCCACGUUCACACAUAUGGCCAUCAAAGAACUUUAUGAAAGAGGAAUGAUUAAGCACAUUGUAUCUCAAAAUGUGGAUGGACUUCACCUUCGUUCCGGGAUACCAAAAACAGCGCUUAGUGAAGUGCAUGGGAACAUGUACAUUGAAGUGUGCCUAGAGUGUCACCGAGAGUAUGUUCGAUUGUUUGAUGUCACCGAAAACACUAAACGUCAUCACCACAAAACUGGAAGGUAUUGCUACCAUUGUGGAACUCCAUUGAAAGAUUCCGUUGUUCUUUUCGGAGAGAAGGGUUCUCUGAGGUGGCCCAUCAACUGGGCAGGGGCAGAAUAUAAUGUGGACAAAGCAGAUGUGAUUUUGUGCUUGGGUUCUAGCCUGAAGGUACUUCGUAGAUAUCCGUGGUUGUGGUGUAUGAGUAAGCCUGUGAAACAACGCCCAAAAUUGUACAUUGUGAAUCUACAAUGGACUCCAAAGGAUAGAUUUGCAGCCUUGAAAAUUAACGGUCGAUGUGACGAAGUGAUUGCAAAAAUCAUGGACAAUCUUAGCAUCUCGGUUCCUAUAUACAAGCGUGAACUAGACCCAAUAUUCUCAAUUGCGACUCUACUCCAUUCAACGGAAUCCUCCACAAAACUUUCUAAAGAUCUCAAUCUUCCUGAUGGUGUUGCAUAUCCUCAGAAAUCUACUGAUCUCUGCAACUACUUUCGAUUUGAACCUGUGUUCUGCAAGGAAGUCAGAAGUUUAAACGAAGUUAAAAGAAAAGUUGUAGAUGGUGAGAAAGAGGCUGAAAAGGAUGGAGUUAUAAAUCCUAAAACAAAAUUCUGUGGAAUUGGAUGGUUAGGUAAUGCCUUGUCUGGAAAACCCAAGAAGAAGAAAGUGAAAUCAUAAUUUGACGAAACUUUGUACGUAUUAAUAUACUCAAUAAUAAUGGUUAUGGUCUCGUUUUUAUUUGUAUACCCAUGCUUUUAAGUCGUCGUCCACACAAUUAUUAUUCUAUUUGUUUUUUAGUAUAUGUAACUGCUCAUUUUUUAAUAUUAUUAUAUAUUUUGGACACCGGGUAUUUUUUAUGAUACUCUUUUAUUUUGUAUAGCACAACAGUCAGUAUUUUUUACAUUAUUUCACUCUAGCAAAAUGUUUCUGUUUUUUAUUAUCUAGAUGACGAAACGCAAAUAUUCUAUUUUACACUUAGACGAUUAAUGAAGAUUACUACAUGUUUUGGUUGUUAUUAUUAUGCUACAUUGAAGUCAUAUACAUAUGUGUAUGUACUUGGGUCAUAAAAGUUAGUGAGAGAUAACCUUACUUUACGGAUAGUACUUUCAUACUUUCAGUUAGUUCUGAAUUUUUUGUCCAUCGGUAAUUAUGUAUUUGCGCAUAAGCGAUUCUGGUAUUGUGUUAAAUAUGAGGGAAAAGAAAUAUGCGAAAUCACUAAAACUCGCAAAUAAUAAUAAAAACUGAUCUAUGCAAACCGUA